CUGCAUCACUACCAUCGUAACCAUGUUGGUCUACCCAGUCCUAGUGCUAGCCCUGGGUACCCUAUGGCCACUGGACUGGACACCUACCAGACUGGGUUCACUGAGCCCAGUGACUGGCCACUACCACGGCACUACAUGGGCCAUGGCAGAGAAAGUGACUGGAGGUGAUGAUCCUGAGGAUGUGGUAAAGAAUUUGAAGGAUGCUCCUAAGGGUAGUGAUGGGUGGUUCACCAAGUUGGCGAAAGAAUGGGAUUUAGUGGACCAAAAUGGAAAAUUCCAUUGGGGAUUCCACGUAGUGUUAUUUCUAUUGAUGGUUAUAUUUGGGGUAAUGGCAGUAGGUUUUAUAGGGUGGGGAUUUGGAGAUAAUAAAGUGAUAUAUGGGAUGCUAGUCGCAUUGUUAGGAGUGGGUAUAUUCGUAGGACUUGGUAUAGCAAUGAAGGUAACAAAUAAAUGGUGAGCCAAAUUGUGUCGCCAAAGUGACGUGG